CAAAUAAAUACAGUAGUAGUGAUUAGCGAAAGGGAUGAAACUAAAAGAAGAUAGAAGGAUCUAGAAAGUGGGUAGAAUUAUAUCUUUUUUGAGAAAUAAUGUGUAUUUAUUGAGAAGAAUAUAAUUAAAAACAAAAGCAGAGUUGUAGAAGGAAAUACUUAAAGUUUCCAACUGACACCACCGUGAGAGCGAGGAAAGGGAUUUGAAGAUGGCGAAGGAACUUGAGAACAAAGCCAAAGAAGCGUUCUUCGAUGACGAUUUUGCCCUCGCCGUUGAUUUCUACUCUCAGGCCAUUCAAUUCGAUCCCACCAACGCUAAUCUCUUCGCUGACAGAGCUCAAGCCCAUAUUAAACUCAACGCUUUCACUGAAGCUGUUGCCGAUGCUAACAAGGCUAUUCAACUAAACCCUUCCUUAUCAAAGGCUUAUCUUCGUAAAGGGACUGCUUGUAUUAAUUUGGAAGAAUAUCAUACUGCAAAAGUAGCAUUGCAGAAUGGUGCCUCUUUUGCUCCUGAUGAUUCCAGAUUCACUAAUUUGAUUCAACAAUGUGAACGCUACAUUGCUGCUGAGGAAUCAGAAAGUCUUACUAGCAUCCUACCACCAAAUGGACCCAAAACAUCUGUAGCGACUGUUGAUGAUACUCAUGUGUGUGAUAGAAGUGAUGGUACAUCCAAAGAAUCACAUAGAAACAGUCCUGCAUCCCAAACAAAUGAAACUGCAACUGCGCCAAUAAGACCAAAAUACAGACAUGAAUACUACCAGAAGCCAGAAGAAGUGGUUGUGACAAUAUUUGCAAAAGGAAUACCAGCAGAAAAUGUGACUGUGGACUUCGGUGAACAAAUUCUGAGUGUUACCAUUGAUGUUCCUGGCCAAGAUGCCUAUCAUUAUCAACCGCGAUUGUUUGCAAAGAUAAUACCUGAUAAGAGCAAAGUUGUGGUGUUGACAACCAAAAUUGAGAUACGUUUGGCAAAAGCUGAAACUGUUAAUUGGACAUCUCUGGAAUAUAGCAAGGAUGUGCUUCCCCAGAAGAUAAGCGUGCCUACAAUUCAAUCUGAAAGGCCUGCAUAUCCAUCGUCAAAGGCGAGGACUAAAGAUUGGGAUAAAUUGGAAGCUCAAGUGAAAAAAGAGGAGAGUGAAGAAAAGCUUGAUGGUGAUGCUGCUUUGAAUAAAUUGUUCCGUGAUAUCUACCAAAAUGCAGAUGAGGACAUGAGGAGAGCGAUGAGCAAGUCAUUUCUGGAGUCAAAUGGAACAGUGCUAUCAACUGAUUGGAAAGAAGUGGGAUCAAAGAAGGUGGAAGGCAGUCCUCCAGAAGGCAUGGAGGUGAAGAAAUGGGAGUAUUGAUUCAGUUUUAAGAUGAAUUUAACUUCUGUUAUUUCAUAGCCAUUUGUCUGCUCCUUCCCAAUCCCCUCCAAAAUUGUCAUUAGGUACUAUUUAAUUUUUGUAUGAUAAAUUAUUUAACUGGGAGAAUGGCCUAAUUUGUGUAUGCUGCGGAAGUGGAUUUUAUUUUGUCGGGUGUAUGUUGAUAUAGUUUUUGAACUUCUGACGAUAAGCAGAAUUUCAGUUUUUAUCUUUUGGAGCGUUAUUUCAGUCUUGUGGAAAUGUAUUUCACCAUGUUUAGAUUCCUUAAUUUUAUAAAAGCUACAUUUUGGAGUUCCAA